UCGGCCUAAAAGAAAAGAAAGCCCUAACCCUAAAAGGGGAGCGAAGGGAGGAGGAGGAGAAGACUCGGGGGUUCGAUGUGGACAGAAGAAGAGGAACAAGCGAGAAGUCGAAUAAGAGCGAUCUGAGGUGAAUAAGGAGGAGGGCUUGCGAUGGGAGCUCCGAAGCAGAAGUGGACGGCGGAAGAGGAGGAAGCGCUGCGUGCUGGCGUAGACAAGCACGGCGCCGGAAAAUGGCGGACCAUCCAGAAGGACCCCGAGUUUAGCCGCUGCCUCGCCACCCGCUCCAACAUCGACCUCAAGGACAAAUGGAGGAAUAUGAGCAUUAGCGCCAGUGGCCAAGGUUCUAGGGAAAAGAUAAGGACACCGAAGGCAAAGGUUCUUCCAGUCAUCCCACCAUCUGGUUCUCAGAGCCUUAUUGUCUCUGCACCACAUAAAGAUGGAGUAUCUGCAACUGCAGAUCCUACAAAAAGCUCACAAGAGGCAAAACUCCCUCCUAGGUACACUGUCAUGAUAAUCGAAGCACUUGCAGCAAUGAAAGAACCUAAUGGAUCCGAAAUUGGUGCAAUUUGUAGUUUCAUAGAGCAAAGGCAUGAGGUGCCACAAAAUUUUAGGAGGUUGCUCAGCUCAAAAUUAAGGCGGCUUGUUGCACAGAAUAAAAUAGAAAGGGUCCAGAAGGGGUACAGGCUCAAAGAAUCCUCUUUUUCAAUAAAAACUCCUACCCCAAAACAAAAAGAUCCUGCAAAUCAUGCUAGGGGACAUUCUGGGUCGGCUUACUCCAUAGAUUCAAUAGAGGAAGCAGCAAUAACUGCUGCUUACAAAAUAGCAGAUUCAGAGGCCAAAUCAUUCUUAGCUUCUGAAGCGGUCAAGGAGGCAGAGAAGAUCACAAAGAUGGCUGAAGAGACAGAGUCACUGUUGCUACUGGCAAAGGAGAUUUUUGAGAGAUGUGCACAGGGUGAAGCUGUCACCGUUGCUUGAGCUGCAUGUUAGAGACUUGGCUGUAUCUUCAAGACAUGCUUCUCGUUGGCUUGUCAAACCUUGUUGCAAGCCUGGAAAUUGUGGCUCAUGCUGUAACAUGAACAAUCUGACAUGCAUGCCGGAUAAUACAUGUAUAUAUGCUCUGUCUGUAUUAAGGAGUAGCAGAUUGAACGUAAAGAAAGAAGAACACAAGUUUUGAGCA